UUGGAUCUCCUUACUGAUCCUCAAUCUGUUUCAUUUUUCAUUACAGCAACUCGAGAAACAGCUUUCCUUCACGCCAUCAGCGCAGCCGCUAUAACUCACGAACUAACUGUGCAGUGCAGACAGAACAGAAUACCCGGAUGUAGGUGCGGUAAGACAAGAGAACAACAGAAAGGAAACAGCGACUGGCAGUGGGGAGGAUGCAGUGAUGACAUCAAGUUCGGAGAGAAGGAGACGAAACGGUUUAUCGACAAACUGGAGAAAGGAAACGACGCUCGUUCAGCGUUCAACCUGCACAAUAAUCAUGUAGGAAGAAAGGUUGGUUUGAUUAACUGUCUUCAGUCUGUUCAAAUAUUGAUCUACUCACGAAUGAAAUCGAGAAAAACAUCUUAUUUUUCUUUGUUGCUCAAACCAGGUUGUCCGCGCAAAGUUCAGAAAAGUAUGUAGAUGCCAUGGCGUUACCGGAAGCUGUAAUAUGAAAACGUGUUGGAAAGAGCUUGCCCCUUUUAACGUAGUUGGACAAGAACUAAAAAGGAACUACCACUCAGCUGUUCGAGUGGCAUUCGAGAAUAGCAAGCUUCACAAGCGCCACAACGACCUAGGCAGACUGGUGACCAAGAAAGAGAAGAAACUGGUUUAUCUGGACUCGUCCCCAAACUACUGUGUACGAAACACGACCGCGGGCUCCCCUGGAAUGCGAGGAAGGACAUGGGAGAGUGACAUUGUAUCCGUGGAAAAAAGCAGAUCUUUGUGUAACUCUUGCAAUCUGCGACAUCGUACGGUAGAACAUCACAAGCAGGUCAAAUGUAAAUGUAAGUUCGUGUGGUGCUGUACUGUUAAAUGUGAUUUAUGCACCGUGAAAUAUUCACGGACAGCUUGUGUGUGAAAAUAUUGGCCCAGGCUCCUUCAAAUUUACUGUAUGUAGCUUUCCGUGUUAUUUGAAAUACACCACUAUAUUUUAAAUUAAGCUUGUUAGAAAAUUGAGUGUAUCUGUUUUUUGUAUCAAUAAACACGAUUGUGAUGUUGAUUGUUACUUAAGAUUGUCGUAUUUUUCUUUUCCAUACGAUCAGACUAAUGGGAAGCGUAAUUAUAAUUCUGUUCAUCGUUACUUUGACGAUCUUUUUUGUAAAAUAUGCUGAUGAUAUUUUAUAUAAACAAGUUUAUUGCUUUCUUUAUUGCCUGCGGAUGCAGCUAAGCUAACAAUUCUAACACACACUUGUAUAUAUGUUAAAUUUUCCAUUUUCUAUUUCAGCUAAAUACUAAAAAAAACCCGACAGCAUUCUUGUGUUAGAAUUAUGAAACGUUGACUAAUUGCUGAUGAUUGCUUCAAGUUGUUCGAUCCAUUUUUUUAAUUUCAUAUUCUACAAGCUACAAGUAAGAGUAUUGAAAUAUCAUUUGGGUUGGAAACAUUCCUUGUUGUAGAAGGUGCCAUGUAGUUGGUUGUCAUUGGUAACCAUAAGGUUUGUGGAGGGGGAAUGGGGGGGAGGGUAAGUGUAAGUGUAAAGCAAACAAAUUUGUUUUCAGAGAGGCUCAAAAGAUCUAUUGUUAAUUAUGUAUUGGCAAAUUCUUGAAGCUAAAAUUUGAGGAGGCGAAUACUUAGAAUUUAGUUUAAAAAAAUUGACAGAAAUCUAAUUUUAUCGUUUCAGUUUCCUCAUUUUAAGCAUUUGCUCAUUUUCAGCAUUUGAAGAGGCGAAUAUCAUGAAUUUAGUAAAUGAAAUUGAUAGAAAUAACUAUCGUUUGUUUACUCAUUUUUCAGCGAGAUUCGAGUUUGAACUGAACAAUAUGCCUAAAAGUACAGCGAAGUUUAUUAAUUUAUAUUUAUAAAGUUUUAAGUUCAUGUGUCAUAUUUGAUGGUUUAUGGCUUAUUCGUCCGCAAUUUUCUACGAAUUUUGCCUUUAAGUGUUGAAAGAUUUAGAUUGGUCUGUAGCUGAAGAUUGUACGGGUUGUCAGAAAUGUUUUUUGGAUAUGAUUACUUUAGGAAAUCUCGCUUAUUGACUAACUCUUCAUUUUUGUUCCGUUUCGCUGUUCUUGGCUGCAAUUCAGCAGCUGUGAUUGAUGCAUUUCGGAGAUGUGUUCCCUCAGCGGUUCGCUGUUGCAUUUCUUUCCUGUUAUGUUUUUUUAUCGUUAAUUGUUUUAAGUUUCGCUUUUGAUUGGUGGAGAGGGUGGCACGAGUUAUCGUAGCCAAUCACAGACCUACGUGUAGCAUACCCAGUAUAAUCCCGGUCUGCAACUGAAAGCAAUCCUUAGUUUUAGUCGACACUCGAUUUUCCUUAACGGAACAUUCUGUAGUGAGGCUCAUAAAAGAUUCCUCCUAUAUGAAGAGUUACUCUUGCUAUGAAGUUAACAGUUUAUGUAAGAGAUAUCGUAAUCAUUGAAGUAAUAAAAAAUCCAACCGUUGCUGUCAGUGUUGCUCUGGUGUUAUGUUAGGGAUAAAAAUUAUACUGAAUUUGCUCGUUAAAACUCAUACAGCCUGCAAUUAGCUUAUGCAAAAGCCAAUGGUAGAACAAUCCUAUGAAUUCAGCUGAAUUUUGCGCAGAAAUUUCUGCUAGGCAUGCAACAAUACAGGUGCGGUACGGUGCCUUUCAACUGGAAAGGCAGUUUCCCUAAGCGUUGCGUUGGUUGCGUUAGUCCCUAAGCGUUGACUCACACCUCUUUGUUUGCGAAAAAGUCUGGGGAAAGGUGAGCGAGGGUAAGCUUCACUUGUUGAGGUCAUAUUUCAUGAAGAAACUAAGAAGACCUGUUCCUUUCGAAUUAGCGGUUUGUUUGACAUGGGCCUUACAGUAACGACCAUUUAAUCCUCGACGGCAGCUCACAUGCUUUUCUCAACUCUCAGUUCCAACCAAACAAUCGCUCACUUAAACAGGUAAUUUAGUGUUAACAACUGGGUUGAAAACGUAAAUUAGCCACCGUAAAUAGUAAAAAAGCUAGCUUUAGUGUUUUUACUCUUUACGGUGGCUAAUUUACGUUUUCAACCCAGUUGUUAACACUAAAUUACCUGCUAUACUCUCCCACCGACGCAGCACCACAGUUUCUUUAGAAACUUACCCCUUUGCUCACUUAAACAGUUUCUUCGCACAAAUUAAUUAGUUGAGCGAGAACAAAGCUCAUCUCAUAAAGACAUCCGUGGAGUUUAUUUAGGGGGCAAACGACAAGGGAAAUCGCAGGGGUAGGAUUCGGAAACAAUGUUCGAAAACUAAAGAAAACAUGAAGAGAAAAAACGUUCUUAGGAGAAACAAAAGAACACUCAUUCACACGCAAAUAACAACUUGAAUUGAACUACAUCCACGCUUGACUAGGUGUGAUAUUCACGCUUGGCUUUUAGAGGUGUGAUUUUCCUAAUAAUAAAGUAAAAAACAAAAGACUUUUUCACUAUUGCAUUAUUAUCUGCUUAUUCUGAAAAUGAGAUCUAAAGAAAAACAAACAUUCUCCAAACGUGGCUAACAUUACACUACUUUCAUUUCAGACGCCUGCUUUAGGAACUUUAAUAAACCCGAAUACUCAACAAAACAUUAGCUACAAGUGGUUCAUGGGUGUAUGUUCUAAACAAAUUGUGGUGUUACAACAGUUGUUUCGGGCGUUAGCUCUUGUUCAGAGUGAUUUAGAACUUCAGCUAUUUACAAGCAAAUUUGACGUUGCACAAUUCCCAUGUUACUCGUUUUACAAUAAAUCUGCUUGAAUUUCGAUUGGAAAGCUGCAAACUAAAUUAACUUAAGCUUUCACUUAAAACUACCGUUCAUUACAUAUCAAUCAGGUACAUUACAGAUAUUUGGCUACAAUAAAAAGUUACAAACAUUUCAUUGAAUAAACCUCUAACAUAACGGUUAAGUAACGAAUGUGAAAGCGAUCUUAGAAGUGAUGAACACUACUUACGCAGUAGUGAAAAUUAGGCCUGAAAAAAAUUCAUGCUUGUACGGGAUUUGAACCCAUGACCUUUGCAAUACCAGUGCAUUGCUCUACCAACUGAGCUUACGAGCAAACUUGCAACUGGGAGCAGGUCAUUAUGUUGGUUCCAAGUAAACCCGUGAAGUGGUGAAUAAACGACUGUGAAUAUUUGAAAGGCAUAUUUGAACUGCGGAUAAAGACGUGAAUAUGAAAGCGAUCCUCGCAGUUAUGAACAUUACUUAAGCAGUAGUGAAAAUAAGGCCUGAGAGGUGGUCAUUAUGUUGUUCCCUGAUAAACCCGUGAAGUGAUGAUUCAAUAACUGUGAAUAUAUAAAAAUCAUAUCUGUGAACUGAGGUUUUAAGGAGUGAAUUCGUAGUGAUGAACACUACUUUCGCAGCACUGAAAAUAAGACCUGAAAAAAAUUUCGGGUCUGUACGGGAUUUGAACGCAUGACCUCUACUAUACAUGCAGUGCUCGUAAGAAGUGUUCGCUGUUGUGAAGAUCGCUUCUAUAUUCAUUUCUUAAACCGCAGUUUACAUAUAUGAUUUACACAUAUUCACAGUCAUUGAUAACGGUUAAGGCUAACACCUUAAUAUAACAAGCACAUCACAAAAAGAGAGCUGGAGGUUUUUUUUUUGGUGUUUAUAACACGAUGCUUACGAAGAGGUAUCGCACCUGUUUGCGUGUCUAGAGUUUCCUAGGCUUGUGUAAGGCACAAAAGUAAAGGUUUCAUCUGUUAACCUCUCUGCAAGUGUCUAGUUGAAAGUGCAUAUAAAACUAACCGCCCAUUUUUACCUAGAAAUAAGCGCGCACGAGAUAAAUUAUCGGGCACCGCUCAUUUAUCUUUAAAAAGACCAUUACGCUCGGAACGGAAUGGAAAAAAAAAACAUUUGAAAAAACUCAUAAACAAACUUUUCUUUGUCAAAUUCAGAUUAAGUUACACACCAUUUGUUUUCCAAGUUAUCAUCCGAAAAAAUCUCACCUCUGUAAUAAAACUGGAAAAAAGUCACACAUAGUCUCGCGAGGAUAAUUAAUUAGCAUGUCCAUGAAUAAUCUUACUACGUGUCACUAGUAUAUAAAGGCUUCCAUGAAAAUAACUUUAUUAUGAGUAGAGCUCGCAACAAGAGAACAUUUAGUGAACGUUCAUGAUGAAGCUCUGUCUUGUUAUGUUAGUGGCCCUAUUAACGUUUCCUCAUUCUCAUCAAGGAUACAGCAAAGCUAAAAAGUAAGUUUCAUUUUUCAAACAUACGAUAACAUCCAAGCAAAGUACACCUAUCUUUGCUUCGAUUUCCACGCGCGUGCAUGAUUAUAGCACGCAAAACUUACUGCGCUAAUAGUUUGAAUAUAACUAGCGAGAAAUUAAAAAAAAAAACAAUCUGCUUAUAAAAAGCGAAAAUGCAUCCUUAUUCAACACAGAUUGCACACUUUUUUAUCAGUAACAGGUAGUGUGGAUGAAGAGGUUACUCUCUCUACAACCUAGAAAACUUUAUGUCCGAUUGUUAUCAUUAAAAAAAAAAAUUGUAACAGCUCAUGAUUCAAACCAAAGGGUUAACAGCGGUUUUGGUACUUUACAGGUCUGGCAUUUACAACCUGCUAUGGAAUAUUGUGAAAGAGGGAGGUCAUCGUGGACUGGCGGAGUGUCAGCAGUUAUUUAAGGCCGAGAUUUGGAAUUGUUCAUUGCACGACCAGCAUGUGUUUCAAAAGUUACCUAUCUUUUUUAAAAUAAGUUUGCCACAUGGUAAGUAGAGUUACACCUUUUUUUCUCAUUCUUUUACUGCAAUGCGCAUCAUGUAUUUCUGUCGCACAUGUUCCUUGAGGUGAAGCCAUCCGGUUUGAAUGUUUCGCAACGAUGUACCAAGGUAAUGUUACAACAAUAAAUUUGUUAAUAUCAAUUGUCAGCGAUCUUUAACUUAAGCUUGGUCAUUGAAAACCGAUUUCUUACACGAAACACUUUUUUUUCUCAUUGGAAUCGCUGAGCUGAAGUUUGCUAGCAAGUAAUAGCCGGAGUACCCUAUGGAUCACUUUUUGUGUAUAAUUCAUGUAUUCAAUGAAAAUUGCUAAUGGGAAUGUUUAAGAGCUCGAUGGGUAUAGCUGUUUCAUUCUAGUUCAGUCAAAUCAUUACCAGAGCACACGCACGAGGAUUAAAACAUGACCCCAUAAAUACAUCGUUGAUUGCGCCUUUGUUACCGUUGUUGUCUAGUUAAGAAAUAACUUUGGAUCUCCUUACUGAUCCUCAAUCUGUUUCAUUUUUUAUUGCAGCAACUCGAGAAACAGCUUUCCUUCACGCCAUCAGCGCAGCCGCUAUAACUCACGAACUAACUAUGCAGUGCAGACAGAACAGAAUACCCGGAUGUAGGUGCGGUAAGACAAGAGAACAACAAAAAGGAAAGAGCGACUGGCAGUGGGGAGGAUGCAGUGAUGACAUCAAGUUCGGGGAGAAGGAGACGAAACGGUUUAUCGACAAACUGGAGAAAGGAAACGACGCUCGUUCAGCGUUCAACCUGCACAAUAAUCAUGUAGGAAGAAAGGUAGGUUUGAUUAACUGUCUUCAGUCUGUUCAAAUAUUGAUCUACUCAUGAAUGAAAUUGAGAAAAAUGUCUUAUUUUUCUAAUUUUUCUUUGUUGCUCAAACCAGGUUGUCCGCGCAAAGUUCAGAAAAGUAUGUAGAUGCCAUGGCGUUACCGGAAGCUGUAACAUGAAAACGUGUUGGAAAGAGCUUGCCCCUUUUAACGUGGUGGGACAGGAACUAAAAGGGAUCUACCACUCAGCUGUUCGAGUGACAUUCGAGAAUAGCAAGCUUCACAAGCGCCACAACGACCGAGACAGACUAGUGACCAAGAAAGGGAAGAAACUGGUUUAUCUGGACUCGUCCCCAAACUACUGUGUACGAAACACGACCGCGGGCUCCCCUGGAAUGCGAGGAAGGACAUGGGAGAGUGACUUUGUAUCCGUGGAAAAAAGCAGAUCUUUAUGUAACUCUUGUAAUCUGCGCAAUCGUACGGUAGAACAUCACAAGCAGGUCAAAUGUAAAUGUAAGUUCGUGUGGUGCUGUACUGUUAAAUGUGAUUUAUGCACCGUGAAAUAUUCACGCACAGCUUGUGUGUGA